AUGUCGUCCCAUUACAACACUGAACCACCUCCCACCGCCUCUGCCACCAUCCACACCACCGCCGGGUCGAUUCAAAUCUCCCUCUUCGCCAAGCAGACUCCCCUCGCCUGCAAGAAUUUCCUCCAGCACUGUCUAGACGGAUACUACACGAACACCACAUUCCACCGCGUCGUACCCAAUUUCGUCGUACAAGCUGGCGACCCCACCGGCUCAGGCUCCGGAGGCUCCUCGAUAUAUGAAGACGCCGAGUUCGAGCGCGACCCGCGCGAUCCCAGUCAGAAGAUUGUGUUUGGCGAUGAGCUUCACAGUCGACUGAAGUUCAAUAGGCGGGGGCUGGUGGGGAUGGCUAAGGGUGAGGAUGGGAGGUAUGGAAGUCAGUUCUUUGUGACGCUGGCGCCGGCGGAUAGGGAGUUGACGGGGACAUGUCCGUUCGAGGGCCAGCUGCGGAAAAGGGAGAAGAUUGCGGUUGCGGGUACCAAGAACGAGGAUAAGAAGCUGGCCACCAAGAAAAAGAAAAAGCAAACGAAGACUGGGAAGACGUUACUGAGUUUUGGUGCAGGGGAAGAAGAUGAGGGAGACUUGCCUGCUAUCAAGCCCGGGAAGCCAAAAUUCAAUACAAGCCUCAUAGCAGCGGAGGAAAAGAGACGGGAGCCUUUCGCCAAAGGAAAAGCGCAAAUCGAUGCCCUCUAUCGCGGACUCCCUCUUCCCGAUCCCGAAAGCCCUCGUUCUCCUUCACCGUCUUCAUCCCCUGAUCAAUCCGCACCCCGGUCAAAAGCAUCUCAACUCAACGCACAAAUCGAAUCUCUCAAGGCGUCUAUGCGCCGAACCACCAAAUCCACACCAAACGAACCCUCAAAAUCAAAAUCAGCACUGGAGUCACUCAUCCCCGCAAAUUCCAUACGCGGACGAAAACGUCCCGCUCCCGGUUCCACCAACGGCAUCGACUUAAACGGCAGACUACAGGACGAAGAAGCCACAUUAAAACGCCUCAACGAUUUCAAAGCACGGUUGGAACAAGCCGAUGCGGAAGCUGCGAAGAAGCCGCGAACGAGCAAAUCAAAAGACACUGCAACCCAUCAUCCGGAUGCGUCGAACAAACCCAACUCAUCCGACGAACCGGAGGACGAAGAAGCCCAGGUGUGCGACCUCCACUUCAUCGUAAACUGCCAAUCGUGCCGCGCCUGGGAUCUUCAGGAUUCUGAAACCGGCGCCGGCGAUAAUGCCGCUCGAGAAGAUGAUAAUGCGACGGACUGGAUGACGCAUGCGCUCCGGUUCGCAAAGGAUACGCUGGGCAAGGACCAUACGUGGAAAGAGUCCAAUCGCGACGCGGAUGGAUUGGUGGUGAUUGAUCCAAGGCAGAAAGAAAAGCAGAUUAGGAGCGGGAGGAAGCAGGAGUCUGGACGGGAUCGGGAGCGGACCAGGGAGUCGGAAAGGGAGAGGAAGAUGGAGUGGGCGAGACAGCAGGGAUAUUCGCAUUAA